AUGGAGUUGAAACGUGAGUUUCUAGCCUGGGAGCGAGAAGCAUUGAGGGGAUUUGCAAUACGUUCACGCGUUCAGAGUACAGCCGAAGAAGAGACAUCUACCUUUCAUAUGAACAAGUCAACGAGUAAUUUCCAGAAGUCUCUGAUCACCCAACUCAAAACUAAUGAUAACUGUAAAAUUACCCAAUCUGAGCAAAUUAACCUAGAAAUAAUUAAACAUUUCAGUGGAAUCUUUCAGAACCAGCCCGCCCCUAAUACCCAUUUAGCUGGAAAAUUUAUAGAAGGGAUUAGAGGUGCACUUAACCGCACAAAACCCACUAAAAACGACCCGGGUCUAUCAGUAGUAGCUCAGUCGUUAAACGCUCAAGCGUUCGAUCGAGGAGUACUAGGUUCGAUCCCGGAGAGUGACAAUCUUCUAGUGUCUCCAUUUACAGUAGAGGAAAUUAACAACGCACUUAGGGCAACUAAAAAGAACAAGGCCCCAGGCCGUAAAUCAAAAGAAGUAUCUUCCCUCAAACCGGCCGCCAUUAUCGCGUACGAUUUGGAGAAAGCAUAUGACCUUGUCAACCGAGACGUACUGUGGGAAGUGAUGACAGCCAUGGGCUACCCUCCCCUUUGCUUGUCUAGGGGUAUUGACGGAAUUGAACACUACGGAAAACGCAUCCAAGUUCGUGCUAUUGAGAGAACUGCAAGUGUUUAUUGGUUGGGGCCACAUCUCAAGAACCUCCUUCCACAAAUCACCCAGCCUAGGUUUAAUGCAACACAUUCAUCGCAUCCAUACUUCACUACCUCACUUUCAACCAUCACCGAUCUACUUAAAGCUGGCAUCUUCACAUCGUCAACUGUAUCGAAUCACCGCGCCACCUACAAUCACCUGAUCGCUAACAUAGGGCAACCAGGGAGAACAGAGAUUGCGAAACCGGACCUUGACUGGGCUUCCAUCUGGCGUUGGGUGGCCAAAAUCAAAGGGAAAAACGCCGAAGUGGUCUGGGAUUUUAACCAUAACCAGCUUCCCACCCAAAUGCUUCUCAAUAGUCUCAAUCUUUCAAACAACGACCAAUGCCUUCUAUGCAAUGCUGGCCAAGAAACUGACGACCAUCUAAUGUUACUUUGUAAAGAGAAAGUUGACAUCAGUUUAUGGCUCCGUAUUCAAUUGACAAAACUCGGAUGUCUAAAACCAUUGAAAUCAGCAAUCAAUGGAGACGUUGGAAAUGGGCCCAAUAAAAAGAAAAUACUGGCCCUCAUCCAAUCCUACAAAAUCACCGUCUGGACUGGCCGCAGCCAAAACUUCACCCCAGCCAUAAAGGAAAUACAGUCUCUCUGGUCACGCCUCCUUCAUUCAUAA